AUGCCACAACCCCAUCAGGCUCGCUUUGCUUACCCUGUGGUACGACCUUACCCGUACCGGUGGUAUACUCCAAUUGUUGUUGUUGGCGGACUCUGCUUAACGGCACUAUUUACCUACAUCAAUGUCGCCAUUAGCGGUUUCGAUCUAGUCUUCGAGACAACAUUUAACCCCAACGCAACCAUCGCCCAGCGAUCGCAAGAUGGCUGGCCAUCCUGGAACAUCCUCACCAACAAGAUACAACCCAAGUGCAUGCCCGUGGACCUCUCUAGGCACGAAUCCUUCUUCACGAACCAGACGGCUCUCUCAUACACACUCACAGCUAUCUGGACAGAGCAAGACACGCAGCUAACCGAACUGCCGUCAUUAACAUAUCAGAACAACAUCUUAGAGAAAUGUUCUAUUGUCUCCAUCGGGAUUCAGUUUCAAGCCUUGGACGAAGCGACCAACCAGAUUCGUUACGCCGGAUGGAACACUGCAGUCCGAACGUAUGCUACGUGCCAGAUCUCAAAUUUAUUAGGUACGGUCUUCUUCAACCUGACGCAAACCUACAACUACGUUCCAUCAUCGACAACGCUCUCGCGGAUGAAGGGUCGCUCCUCGGGUAGGGAAUUCCUCACCCAUAACAAGCAGACUCGCGCGAGCCUGUGGUGGGGCGAGUCGCUCAUGUCCAACUACUGGGGCUACACGACCUGGUUCAUGCAACAAUAUCGCAAGAAAAAGAUUGAUGCGGGCAAGCAAGGGAUCCAGAAGGGCCUGGUGUAUCUCAUGCCCACGGAAUCAGUAGACGAUAUUGCCGACAUAGACUUCUUCACUCCCAAUUACCGCUUCAUCGUGGCCAGGGAUAACGGCAUGGGUUUCAAGAACAUCUGGCCCGGCAGUGGCAACGAGAAUUCAACCACUCUGGGCGACCUCAACAGGCGAAGAGUCUAUCCCAACAUCUGGGUACCGGUUGACAUGCUAGCCAAAGCAGCCUACUCGACUGUCCUCGCAGACUUGGGACAGGUCGAGACGCCAAACAUCCUCAACAACGAGACAGCACUUGAGUAUUUCACGGCAAAUUUCACCUCUAUACACGAAUACCUGUCAACUGAUCGAUUCGGCCCGGAGCGCGAUCCCUUCGAUGCCCAGCGCUCGACCAGCGGUCCUCUGGGCAUCGUUUCCUCCGUCAUCAGGAAGCAAUACUACUGCCAGGUGCCGCAGUUAAAGUCCACGGGUGAUCUGGUCCUUUCAAUCAUGAUCGCCGACUUGGUGCUCUUGCAGGCGGCGUGGCAGCUUUUCAAAGUCUUUACCGAGUGGUUGGUGACGAGGAAUGGGGGCGACGGAACAUCCGAUCCAGAUGGCACGGCCGAACAGGGGCGUACUUCACCAAACCCAUCAUCCGUCACUUCUACAUCGUCCACCGGCGACUCCGGCAUAGGAGCGUCGAUGGAUGUGGGUAUCAUUCAACGCACGUCGGACGCUACAGGUAGAUCUAUCUCGCCGGACGCUGUACCACAGCCAUCGGAGAUCAUCCCUUUAACAACGCUUUCCGGUCAAGAACACGGUGCGCAUAUUCCUCAGCAUACAGCGGAAUCCGCCACCGGCCCUGGCCAUGGGCCGUAAGUGUUGGAAGCGUGAGGCGAUUGAGACUGGCUCUACACGAUGACGAGUCGUAGUAUUGCGGAAGCAACAUGGACACGCGUUCGUGAGGAGUAUAGGGGGUUGUGUAGCGAUCCGUGGUAAGUGAUGUGACGAGUGACGCGUUGGCAGGGAUAGGAGGCGACGUUUGUGGUGGUAUUUGUGCUAAGCAUUUCAUCUUCCCCGCAUGGGAUCCAUUUGUGUUCCUUGGAUAAAUGUGUAGAUAAACAUAACAUUGUAUCUAUGUACUGCGCCAUCUGUUUGCUCCUGCCGGAGCAGCUCAAGCACCGCGACCUCGUCCGAUGAUGUGGUGUAUGUGACGUGAAAACCGGAUUUGAUUAGUCGCGGAGUAAGUCAUGUGCCGCUUCC